AGUAUAUAUAAUACGACCAUCCAUAAUACACAAGAACAGACUUUUUCGUGUCAUUUACCGGUGUUUGAGUCGAAUUUAUUCCAAGUAAAUUGACUAGGACAUUUUAUAAUGGAGCGUAUGGACCAGGGGGAUGAGGAUAGCCCCAGUGUUGUCAGACGACAGACAUCUCAUCUUUAUCCACCAAGUGUCCAAUCAACAUCAUCAUUUCAAAGUGGUAUGUCUCCAUUCCCAGGAACACCAAUGACACCAACACCAAUGACCCCAACACCAAUGACCCCCAUUGCACCACUUACACCCAUUGCACCACUGACACCUAUGUCUGUUGAAUCAUCUGGAAUUGUACCACAGCUUCAGAACAUUGUAUCCACAGUUAACCUUGGUUGUAAACUUGAUCUGAAAAAGAUAGCUCUUCAUGCCAGGAAUGCUGAAUACAACCCUAAACGAUUUGCUGCUGUUAUCAUGAGAAUCCGAGAGCCAAGAACGACUGCUUUAAUAUUCAGUUCAGGGAAGAUGGUGUGUACGGGAGCAAAAAGUGAGGAUCUUUCAAGGCUUGCAGCAAGAAAGUACGCUCGUGUUGUACAGAAACUUGACUUUCCUGCAAAGUUUACGGAGUUUAAAAUCCAAAACAUGGUGGGGAGUUGUGACGUGAAGUUCCCAAUCCGAUUAGAAGGUCUUGUUCUUGCGCAUGCCCAAUUCUCAAGCUAUGAGCCAGAAUUGUUUCCUGGACUCAUAUAUCGAAUGAUGAAACCGAGGAUUGUUUUACUAAUUUUCGUAUCUGGGAAAGUUGUUUUAACAGGCGCAAAGGAAAGAAAGCAAAUCUAUGAUGCAUUUGAGAACAUUUAUCCAAUCUUAAAGUCCUUUAGAAAAUCAUGACAAGUUACUUCAAGAUUGACAAAGUUGUACAUAAACGUUUGUUUGAAAUUAUUAUCUAUACAUGUUUUUUUUUGUUUUAUUGUCACCGAUGUACUUUCUACGGAGUUUAUGACUGGUUAAGUUGUCUCGUUAUUUUUAACAUAUUAAUAUUCUAGCGAAACGGAGAUCACUAUAAAUUAUCACAUAUCAUAUUUCACUAUUAUAUUAUGAACAUGAAAAUCAAUGAAUGUUGAUUCCUGAGGUAAAUAAAAUUUCGGAGAGCA